AGAACACAAUCGACCUGUUGUUAGCAAGCCAUCGCCAUGUUCAAGAAGGUAACUCUGUUGUGUUUGGCAGCCUUGGCUGUGGCUAGGCCGGAUAAGCCAGCUCCUUCUUCUGGGUAUGGGUAUUCUGCCCCUACACAGCCCCCUCCUCCCCCAGUCUACAGUCCCCUCAACCAGCUUACCCUCCGCCCCUCAACCUUCCUAUUCUGCCCCUCAACCAUCCUAUUCCGCCCCUGCUCCAUCCUACGAGGAACCUGAGAAGGGAAUGCCCUUCGACUUCGAGUACGCCGUGAACGACCAGUACAAGGGCCUCGACUUCGCCCACGACUCCGAGUCCGACGGAAAUGUUGUCAAGGGCGAGUACCACGUCCUCCUCCCCGACGGUCGCACUCAGAUCGUCACUUACACCGCCGACGCCUACAACGGAUUACCAGGCUGAGGUCACUUACGAGGGCGAAGCCCAGUACCCGGAGCCCCAGCCUUACACGCCUGCCCCUGCUUACUCGG